GAAUAUCAGAGACAGCAAAACUAGACUUCUUAUGAGCCAGGUGGCCUACUUGUAGAACUACCAGCUGAAGACAUACAAAGAUCGAAAAGAUCACGAUGAAGAACAGAAAUGAAGAGACAGCAAAAAUAAACUUCUUAUGAGUCAAGUGGCCUACUACCUGGACUGCCGGCUGAAGACGGAAGAAAGUCAAAAUGAUGAUGAGGAAGUGGAAGAACAAUGGCAAGCGCCCCCCAGGAAUCUGCAGGAGUCUGUGGAGGAGGAAGCACCCCAGGAGUCCUGGGAUGAAGGUUAUUCGGCUCUCUCAGUUCCUCCUGGCACAUCUGCCUUCAGUGAGCCUUACAGGAGCAACUUGCACUCAUUAGAGGAGAAGCAGGUCGACUUGGCUGGUGACAUAGACAAGAUUAAAAAUGACCAAGAAAGAGGAAGAAGACCAAGGCCCACCAUGCCCCAGGCUCAGCAUGGAGCUGGUGGAAGCAGAAGGGACUGAAGUCUUCCGGUACUCACUGGAUAUAUUGUAUUCAACGUAUACAGCUUAUCCUGAGUUUUACUACACAUGCCAGGAUUACACAUAUGCCAUUUUUUUACUUGUGGAAGAGCAUGUUCGCUUGACUUUGGACAUGGACUGUAGGUUUCUUACUAUGAUGGUGAUAGGACUCCACCUGGUCUCCCUGAUAGGGGUCAUAUUCCCACACUAAGACAACAUGUCACCUGGGACUCUGUCGGUGCAGAGUAUGAACAACACCAUGUUCUUGCUGAAAACACUUAGCCUGAGUUUCAUAGCCUGAGGUAAUCUCCAGACAACUUCACAAUGUAGAGCAGUGAGCAGCACGACUGACCA